AUUAAGUUCACAGAUAACGGGAAUGUUGAACUAACCACAGUUGAAAUAACUGAUGAAGUUGAGACCAACCAAGAUGAUAAAAAAAAGAUUUCGUCUUCAUCCGAGGGCAGGAAUUCCGAAUCAUCAAGUGUUAAGUUUCGAAUAGAGGUUAUUGAUACUGGACGUGGAAUUGAUCCUGGUUUUAUGAAUAAUAUGUGUCAACCGUUUUCUCAGGAAGAUUCAUCUUUACGUACAAAAUUUGAGGGAACAGGGUUAGGUCUUAGUCUAUUAGAUAUGAUGCACAGCCAUUUAGAAGUUAAAUCAGCCGUUGGAGCCGGUAGCAAAUUCUCAUUCGUUCUCGAGCUUCCCUUAUCUCAAAGAUUAGAAUCAAUUGUUCCUUCCCAAUUCCCAUUAGAUUAUAAAUAUUUACAACUUUCUAUCGAAGAACAAAAUUUAUUAAUAUCUAAAUCACAAUCUUUGUCCUUUGCUAUACUAAAAUCGGAAAACACUUUGUUCUUGAGACAAAUAACAUAUUAUUUAGACCAGUGGGGAUUUAAAUACCGAUUGAUAAAUAAGGAUGAAUUAAAGGUUGAAUUUGAGAAAGAACAUGCAGACAUUAUUAUUUUAAAUGAUAGUGUUAGUAAUUUAGAGUGCUUUUUGGACAAGUUAGAACAAUUUCAUGAAGCUGUGAAAGUUAAUGAUGAAAAUGUGAAAAAUGCGGAGCUAGAACAUAUGAAUGAGAGGAAACAAAAAAUAUUAUUCUUCUCAACGAUCGAAGAUCAUCAAAAUGCGGAGAACGCAUUACAGAAACAUAAAGUUCAAUUUGCUGUUCCGGCUGGUCCAGUAAAGAUUUUAACGGCCAUAAUAAAAGCAAUAGAAUCAUUACAUUCUCCCACAGCUGAAAAUAUAUGUGUAAUUAAGGAAGAUACUACAUCAUGUAAUCAUGCACAAAAACGAGAAAUAUGUUUAGGAAAUGAAUUGUUACUUUCACCAAGCAUACAUGGAUCAGCCGCUGACAUGAUAGAAGAGUUUUCUAUCGGUGUUAGUGAAAAAAUUCUAAUGAGCUCAGUUUAUGAUAACACUAUUAGAACAAAACUUGCUGAAGUAGAAUUGAUUGAGGAACGAUCCUCAACGGUCGAUGGUAUUGAUGAAAAGAAUAUGCAUUUAAUAACAGGGGAAGAAAAAGAAAUUAAAAAGAAAAAGGCUUUGAAAGAUAUAACAUUUCUUAUUGUUGAG